ACUUACGCUAUUAAAGGCGUAUUAAAUUUUCAUAGGUACAUCUGGACUCCUGUCGCGCAAUCUAAAGUGAUCUAUAAACAUGUUUCACUUCAACGGUAACAGUGGUGAUGGAUAAAUAAGUGAUGUGGAGUUGUUGAGUUCAGUCCGCCUUGUGUCAUCGUGUCGGAACUACAGUGCGCCAUUUAGCUCGCGAUAAAAACACAAGGAAUGUGUUUAUCGUUUCUCGUUGUUAGCUUGAAACGACGGUCAAUAAACCAAACCGUAAUGUGGGUGACGAGAGUUAUUUAGGACAAUUUCAGUAAUGGAAAAUAAUUCAUCAGAUUCCCGUUGUGCAAAAACAAAGUGCAGUACAAGGAAAGGACUAUUUCGAUCAUGGAUUUGGUGCAUUUUAUUGAAGUGCUUUAUCAGUUUACCCUGCAUAUUUUCGAAAUGUCUUGGAGUAGACAUCACUGUUGCUGUGUACCCGCAAGGUGACAUCACUGUCCGUUACGGCGACCCAUUAGAGAUAUUUUGUGUAGGGGAAAAUUAUUUAGCCGACGAUCUCGAGUUUACUGUAGAUGGGAAACAAGUUGAAUCGGAUAUAGUCAACGAAACAACAAGGCGAUUGUACUAUGAAAAGCCAGCCAAACAAGUUAUCGCUUACUAUUGUAAGAAUAAGAAGACAAAUAAGAAAUGUGUCAAUCGAGUGUUGGUUGACUCGCCUCCAGAAAACAUAACUACUUUUAGCUGCUUGUCUAAAAACUUAGAUAUUUUGAACUGCUCAUGGCAUGAAGGUCAUACAUUUAGUAAGAUUAAUUACUCCUUGACAUUCAUAAUAAAUGGAAAUCCAGUAAGACCAUGCACUGUUGAAAAAUUUGACAAAACUCGGUAUUGUACUUGGAACACAAGCAGUAAGCCUCGUUACAGACAGCUAGAAGAAGAGUUCUAUUUCAAUCUGCAAUCAUGUAAUGGAUUUGGCUGCAUUGAACAGAAUAUCACAGUUGACCAUUUUUCAAUUGUCAAACCAGAUCCUCCAUCAAAAUUAAAAGUGUUGUAUAAUGGGACACAUAGUGUUGUAUUGCAAUGGGUCGUACCUAACAAUGUGAAGGAUUUGCUGCCUUGUGGUGUGGAUCAUAAAAUUGAAUAUCAAAUCGCUAAAAUUGAUAAUACUGCUUAUUUCCAUAGUGUUGAUGCUUCAUUUUUGCCACCAAACAAUAAAACUUAUAGGUUUCAAUUAAACAACUUGCCAUAUGCACAUAUGCAGUAUGAGGUUAGAAUCUACAUCAAAUCAAAAAAAGCAGUUAGAGAUGAGUUUUGGUCAGAGUACAAUUACAUAUCAUUUUACACGGACAGUGAGAGACCUGGCCGGCCACCAGAAAUGAUAGCAGGAGGUUUUGACCAAGCAACAUAUAGUAAAAACAGAAUAAUAUAUGUCUAUUGGAAACAAUUAGAGGAGUAUGAAGAAGCUGGUGCAAAUUUUACAUACAAAGUGGUUGUUUCCCAAGGCAAUAAAUCAGAGACCCUCUUGGCUGAUAAGAACAAAAGUUUAAGUUAUGUCUAUCUGGAUGAUGCACCUUUAGAAGCAAUGCAAGUAUCGGUGUGGUCUUACAAUAUGAAAGGACAAUCAGUAAAUAAUAGUCACAUGUAUAUACCUUCUGUAUGGGACACUCGUAAUCUAGAUGUCACCUCAUUCACUAAACUUGCCUAUGAAAAUGGAACCUAUGAGUUAUCUUGGGUCGGGAUAGAUAGUAUAGAUAACUACACAUUAUUUUGGUGUCAACAUAAUGCUACUAAAAUAUGUGCUGGUCGUUUAAAUUUCACUAUUUUAGAAUCUUAUAAAAAUAAUCAUGUGAUACAUCUGCCGGGAGACUACAGGUACCAGUUUGCAAUUUCUGCUAACAAGGGUAGCAAAACUAGUGGUAUGACCUGGGCUAAAUGCGAGAUAUCCAAAGUUGGGAUGGCAAUGUAUGGAUUUAAUGUACAUUUGAAGUAUGAUGCUCCUGGAAAAUCAUUUGUCAAAUUAAGAUGGUCCAUGGAUUGUGCAUUACAGGAUGGAAUUAUUACUGGUUAUAAUAUAACUUACUGCCCUGUAAUACAGACAAGCAGUUUAUGUGAUGCAACUAUUGGAAAUCAGUCGAUUUUCAUCUCUGAUUCAGCUAAAAUGGAAGUUAAUAUCACAGAUUUACUUCCAUUUAGAACUUAUCAAUUCACCAUAGCAUUGAAUACAACAUACGGCUUAAAGACUAUUGAAAAUGCCACAGCUGUUAUUACAACUUCAGAAGAUACACCAACAAAACCAAGAAACAUUACAAUAACUGAUGUAAAAAGUAAUUCCUUAAAUAUAUCAUGGGAUCCUCCAUUGCACAGGAAUGGUAUUAUUGGUAAAUAUGUGAUAUAUAAUUUUGGACAAGAAUUCUAUGUUCAUAAUGUCUCUGGAACUGACACUUCGAGAAGCUAUGUAACACUCACUGGACUUCAGGGCUUCACCAAUUAUUCUUGGACCAUUCAAGCUUGUAACAUUCCUAUAGGCUUAUGUUCCCAAGUUGGACCAAAUGAAGGUAUUUUUGUGAGAACAAGAAUAGGUGCACCUAGCAGACUUAAGGCUCCAACAAUAAGAAAUAACCCAGAUCUUCUGAAAUGGGAUAAACCAGAAAUACCAGGUGGAACUGUAGAUUUUUAUCAAGUAAGAAGGAUUAAAGAUGAUAUGGAACCGGAAAUAAUGAAUUCUACAGAUUUGACACUUUCUGUGACACACUGUGAAGGAGGAAUAAUGAGUGAAACAUAUCAAGUCAGGGCAGUCAACUGUGAUGAAGAUCCCGACCAUGGAGCACUUGCAGAUAAAGAAAAUGUAAAUCUAACCCGAUCUAAUGUUAGCAAUGUUUAUUAUGGGGAAUGGAGUGAACCAAGUACAGUGGCUUGCAGAAGUAGAGAUGGAUUAGCAGUAACAUUUAUAUUAAUGAUUGUUUUUGCAAUAAUUGGUCUUGUAUAUGGAACAAUAAAAUUGUACAAAAGGUAUAAAAAAAUGGAGGAUAUUAAACCUGUUCUGCCCAUUGGUUUAGGAACACCAGAAAAAGAUUCUAAGUAUACUUUUGGAAGUUGGAAUCCAUCUAAUAAAGAUGAUAAGCCAUCAUCUGAUGAAGCAUUACUGCUUCCUGAUAAAACUACAGUGUCCUCUACAGAUACCAAACAGAAAACCAAUGACAACUGUGCUGCUAGUGAUCACACCGAUAGUACCGCAUUAUCUGACUCGUCUCGAGAGCCAGUGGAUAGGCAAGUUUCCACUUCAGACGAUGGUUCUAAUUCAUCACUGCAAUUGGAAGGGGAACCAAUAAAAGACGACGAAACUAAUCAAAAUCAAGAAAUGGACUCUUCAACUGACAUAGAGAGCUUCAGAGAAAAUCCGUCAUACUAUGUUGAUAACAGCUUUAAGAAAAAUCCAACCAGCGGCUACGUGCAACCGGUUGUGAAACCAACAACUGGCUAUGUACAAUCUGCGCCCGCUCCUCAUUUGAGUAUUUCGCAAAUCCCUUCCACACAGCCUGCCAGUUCUAGUUACGUGAUGGCGGGACUGUCUCCACCCGUAUUUAAUUCUGAAACUUCAGCACCGUGUGCGCCGAGUCAACUGCCUCCCUCCUCCGGCUAUGUGCGACCCGAAGAAACACAACCCAAGUCCGUAUUGACGUUUCCAAAACUGGUGACGUUGCCGUCAAAAUUGUUGGGUCCGGAAAGCUUGCCUUCGAUGCCCACCUUGCCAACCUCUGUAACACCCAGUGCGGACAGUAGCUACAUUCAGUUACAGUCGUUGGAUGCCAUUCCUAGUCUUAAGUCGAGCGUACGUAACACUGUGCCAUUGAAACCGUCCGCUUCUAACGGCUACGUGAGUCCAGAAGACGUGGUUAUCAACAAGCACCUAAACAACAUGCUGUACGCGGGACAGCUCGCUGAGGAGUCUGCCGUGCUGGACCCCACGAUGUCCCCCGACGCUUAUUGCCGCUUCUCCUGGAGCACCGAUCCUGCCAACGAUAAUCUUCACUCCUUACUCGCGGAUUCGCGGACAAUAAACACUAAUAAAAAUUGAGUCAAAAAACGACUAGA